AAAAAAAAGGGUGGGUCCUCUUCCUCUGAACAUAACGCUCAAAAACCCGCUUCUCAAGGAAUCAAGUUUCCACACAACUCCUCAAAACUAUUGAAACUUCUUCAGCUCUCAGUCUAUCACUCUGUCUAGGUCCACUAUGAUUCUUCCCCAAUCCCUGCUCUUCUUAGUCUACCUCUCUGGACCACUGGCCUGCCAUGCAUUCAAGAUUUGUGCCUUCAAUGUUCAGAGUUUUGGAGACUCAAAAGCAAAAGAUAGCUCAAUUCUGUCCAUAGUAACACAGAUUGUUUCACGCUGUGAUGUGUGUUUGCUUCAAGAAGUCAGAGACCAUAAGAAAACAGCCAUUCCACUCCUGAUUGAUAGACUCAAUAAGAAACAGAAGUAUGAUUAUGUGUCUAGUGAACGUCUCGGGAGGACACAAAUCUACCAAGAGCAAUAUGUUUUCGUAUUCAGGACUGACUCAGUCAGGCUAGUUGACCAGUAUCAGUACCCAGACACACAGAAAGGAGAUGAGGAUGCUUUUGCCAGGGAGCCUUUUAUAGUGCGCUUCCGGGCACCUAAAACAGUGAUUGGUGAGUUUGUAUUGAUCCCAAUGCACACCUCUCCUAGUAAUGCCACUAAAGAGAUUGAUGAACUCUAUGAUGUCUUUGUGGAUAUUAGAAAAAGGUGGAAGAUAGAGGACAUAUUUUUUCUUGGUGACUUCAAUGCAGCAUGUGGAUAUGUGGCCAAGAAAAACAGGAAGAAGAUAAGACUUUACUCCGACACUUUCCUUUGGCUGAUAGACGAUAGUCAGGACACUACAGUAAGAACGACCACUGUCUGUGCAUAUGACAGGAUAGUCGUGCACGGAGAGUCCUUACGCAAAGCUAUAGUGCCAUUAUCAGCACGACCAUUUAAUUUCCCCAACGAAUACCGGAUCAGUGAGGAAGUGGCUUUACGUGUGAGUGACCACUAUCCCAUAGAGGUGGACCUAAAGACCAAGUCAGGAAGUGAGAAAGGAAGCAAAAUCUUGUUUCAAAUAUCUCUUGGUCUUCCCCUGCUACUUCAACUGAAAUGACACCAGCAUGAAAGUGUUAAUUUAUUUAGUCAGUCAGUUUAAGAGACAAUAACCAUAUGCACUGAUGACUGAAAUUUCAUUUAUGCCAAAGCUGCACAAAAAUGAACUGGGUUUCUUGGCAAUAGAUCAUGAUAAAUUUUCAUGAUCAUUUAAUCAAGGAGAUUUAAAAUAUUAAUACUUUAUCAACUUUAUUUAGCUAAACAUUCGAAUCUGUUUUGAUGGAAAUAGGACACAGUCCUAGUUCUUGUUGGAUAAAUGUACUGCUGCUAAUGAAUCAGAUCUUUUGCCACUUUUUCAUUUUUCAGGUUUUAUGUUUGUUAAUGGCACAUUUGAUGUUCUCAAUGAAUCUAUCCCCUAUCCUCACUUAUGGUCUGGGGUUAACACAAGAGAAGGGAUAGCUAAGAUCACUGCCUGGCCAAAAAUUGUAAAUGCCAACAUUUUGACUGCUUUAAGCUUUGAUUACAGCACACAAUGUAAGGCCGAUUCAUGAAAAUGUUUCAGGCCACACUCAAUUCAAAACCUGAAAAAUACCCAUGCAAUAAGAUAAUCAUUUAAUGUAAUAACUUGGUCAUUUAGUACAUUUCUGUAAUUAAACAUGGCCUAGACCUGAACAAUUGAAGCAACCCCAGAGCAUAACUCUGCCUCUAAAGACUUUUUCAGGUUUUAAUGUGUUUGAAACUUCUAAACCCAGUUCUACUUAUUGUAUUUUCCUUUGCUUGAUGCAGGUCAGAAAAACCUUUUUUGGUAAGG